GCGGGGCUCUGCAGGGGUCUGUGUAGGCUCCAGAGGAGUCGGCCUCUGAGUGCGCUCCUGGAGGAGCGGCGGCCAGGCGCGGAUGCUGGAAGUUCACAUCCCGUCCGUGGGGCCGGAGGCCGAGGAGCCCAGACAGAGCACGGAGAAAGGCCACAUGGUGUUCCGCGUGGAGGUGCGGUGCCGCGGGCGGAGGCACUCUGUGCACCGGCGCUACAGCGAGUUCCACGCGCUGCAUAAGCGGAUCAAGAAACUGUACAAAGUGCCUGACUUCCCGUCGAAGCGCCUGCCCAGCUGGAGGACCAGGAACCUGGAACAGCGGCGGCAGGGGUUGGAGGCCUAUAUCCAGGGCAUCCUGUACCUGAACCAAAAUGUGCCCAAGGAGUUACUGGAAUUCCUGAGACUCCGACACUUCCCAGCGGACCCCAAGGCCAGCAGCUGGGGCACCCUGGGGGAAUUCCUGCCUAGUGACAGCAGCAGCUCACAGCUGCACCACCGGCCUGUGGUCACCUUCUGCAGGGAUCCCUACCUUUGCAUCCCUUCCCCAGAGUCUCUGCCUGACGUGGUGGUGAAUGGUGUGCUCCAUGGACUCUAUGGAUUUAGCAGCAGCCCAGCCCCAGCCCAGCCUGCGGCUAUGACCCCGUUUCUCUGCCACCCAUGCCCUGAAGAGUCCGGGAACCUCUUCCAGCUGUGAGGAGUCACAUGCCUCAGUUGCACCACUGCCAAGGACCAGGGCUAGGUCACCUUUCGGCCUGGACCCAGCAAUCUACCAUGCCCUGUGCCCCAUCAAGGCUCUGAACCCAGGAUGUGAGGGCAGCUGGGGUAGUCUCAGUGUCCAGGCAGGGGCCAAGGGAGGGAGAGAUGAGGAAUAAAAGGAAAGACAGUUUAGAGGUAGAAGGGGGAUAUAGACGUAAUUCUUAACACAGACCAGGAGAGGGCAGGGGAAGUAAGGUUUAGGUACAGCAGCUUGUGACAUUGGGGAGCCUGGGGAUAGAGCAAGCACCCACCUUUGUGGCAGAAUCUUGACUGGGACACAUCUUCAUGGGGGAGGGACCACAGAUCUAAGCCAACCCACACAAGUUUUAUAUACACAUAUAUAUAUAAAAAAAAAACUCACUUUUUUUUAUUGGUCAGCAAUGAUACCAGUAGUUUGUUACAAAAUUUGGCCUGUGGAAUGUGAGGCAAGUGGUCCAGCACUGGGACAGUGCAGCAUGGAGCCCUAGGCCAGGCCACCUUCACCCUCACAAGGGCAGCAGGGUUGGUGCUGAUGGUCACGCAGAGGGCAGAGGUCCCUGGUGCUCUACUCUUUGGCAAUGGCAAAAGGCUUCUCCACCUCUAUCUUGCCACAGUCUGCGAUGAUCACAUCCUUCAGAGGCUUGUCCCUACUGUCUGUCUUAGUGCUCUCCACCUUCCGCACCACCUCCUGGGAAGGGAUGGUUGGUCAAGUGAGGGGAGCCACCCUUGGAGACAGACCCCAGCGUGUGGCUCAGGAGGGACAAGGAGCCCACCAACCCUGAGGUACCAAGUUCUAAUGAGCCAGUGGCAAAGGUGCCAUGCCACCGUGUGAGAACAUGUUUCCUUGCAGAUUUGACACUGAGGGAAUACUGAAGUGCUGUGAAGGCUUGCGAAGGAGGGAAGCAGAGUGAGCGGGCAGUGAGCUAACUAAUAGCUGCUCAGGGCUACCACAUUCAGCUGUACUCCAGGCAGCCCCAUUUAGUGAAUGACGAACAAGAUCCUGCAGCUCUGGGGUUUCCACAGGCCUGCUGGGCUCUGCUGCUGCUGGGGCCUCAAGGGGUUUAGAACCUGAGAGGCUUGGAGAUGCAGGCUGCAUUUUUGUUUUAGGAGUGCUUGCUAUGGAGACCAGGUUAGCCUCAAACUCCUGGUCUCACCUGAUCCUCCUAUCUCGGCCUCCUGAGUUGCUGGGUACAAGCUGGCUGUUCUCGAUUCACCCCAGGGUGGGAGAUGAAUGCUGCCCUGAAUCUGUGGCUUAGGUUCUUCUGAGAAUAGGAUGAAACCCAAGGAGCCCCCACCCUAGGUCUGCAGUAGGACUCACCAUGCCUUCUAGAACUUUGCCAAAUACCACGUGCUUGCCAUCAAGCCAGGCUGUCUUUACAGUAGUGAUGAAGAACUGGGAGCCAUUGGUGUCUUUGCCAGCAUUGGCCAUGCUCACCCAGCCGGGCCCAUAGUGCUUGAGCUUGAAGUUCUCAUCUGGGAAGCGCUCGCCAUAAAUGCUCUUGCCUAGGAAGAGGGCAGAGUAGGUUGGGAGGUAUGGGGUUAGCCCAUACUGGGCAGACCUUAGAAGAGGAUUUUGCACAGCCCAACCAGUCCUCUGUGCCAGGCUAGGUGUAGUCCCUGGACACAGAGAAGCUGCCCCUCUCCAGCCUCUAGCCCUAAAGCCAAAAACCUUGCUGACCCAGAUCCGGAGUGGGUGGGAGGUGUUGGUGGGGUCAGCCAGGCUGAUGUCCUGAACAGCACACUGGACAGAGGACUUCGUGGCUUCUGAGUGAAGGCCUGCACUCUGUGGCCUGAGGGACUUUGGUGGAGGACACUGUGGGGCUGCACAGCAGACAGGCAUAUGCAGCAUGGAUGGAUACGGAAUGGGUACAGAGGGACAACUGAAUGAGUUCUGGAGAUUCUAGAGCCUCUUACAAGAAUGGGCAUAAAAUAAAAGGCACUGGUGGAUCUGGUA